CUCGCCGCUGACAUCGCGCCGCCCCUCCCCCACUUACAUGUUCUGACUAACCCAUUGGCAUUGGUGCGCCAGCGAGGAUCCUCGGGCGGGCGUGCUAGCGCGCGGAAACUCGUCGUUCAGUCAUCGUCGCCCUCCGCCGCACAGUGUUAUAGAGCUGCGUGCGCCCGUGACCAAUGUGCGACGACGCUCGACCGACCUCGACUCUCCCUCAUGGCGCCCAUGGUUAGACUCGGGACCAGCCGCGGCCCGGCGGCGCUGCGCGCGCUGCAGAUGCGCGGGGUGGCGACGGCCGCGGCGGUGCGAGAUAUCACUGGUGUCCCGCCUGUGUCGCAGUCGCGGCAGCUGGCACAAGAGCGCAUCCGCGCGGUGGACCAGACAAAGCCGUUCUCCGACUUUCUCACGGACAACUUCCAGCGCCAGCAUGACUACCUGCGGAUCAGCAUCACCGAGCGCUGCAACCUGCGGUGUCUGUACUGCAUGCCCGAAGAGGGCAUUCCGCUGUCGCCGCCCGCGACCAUGCUCACCACGCCCGAGAUCUUCUACCUCUCCUCGCUCUUCGUAUCGCAGGGCGUCACCAAGAUCCGCCUGACGGGCGGCGAGCCCACCGUGCGCCGCGACAUCGUCCCGCUGAUGCAGCAGAUCGGCAGCCUGCGCCCGAAAGGCCUCCGCGAACUCGCCCUCACCACAAACGGCAUCUCGCUGCACCGCAAGCUGGACGCCAUGGUCGAGUCGGGCCUGACCGGCAUCAACCUCAGCCUGGACACACUCGACCCGUUCCAGUUUCAGAUCAUGACGCGGCGGAAGGGCUUCGAUGCCGUCAUGAAGUCCAUCGACCGCAUCCUCGAGAUGAACAAGCUGGGCGCCAACGUCAAGCUCAAGGUCAACUGCGUCGUCAUGCGCGGCCUGAACGAGCGCGAGAUCCUGCCCUUUGUCGAGAUGGGCCGCGAGAAAGACAUCGAGGUGCGCUUCAUCGAGUACAUGCCCUUCGGCGGCAACAAGUGGAGCGAGAACAAGAUGAUCAGCUUCCAGGAGAUGGUCGACAUCAUCCACACAAAGUACCCGGCCAUGGCGCGCAUCCAGGGCCACAAGAACGACACGAGCAAGACGUACCAGGUGCCGGGUUUUGUGGGCAAAGUCGGCUUCAUCUCCAGCAUGACCAACGACUUCUGCAACACCUGCAACCGCCUGCGCAUCACCAGCGACGGCAACCUGAAAGUGUGUCUGCACGGCAACGACGAAGUGUCUCUGCGCGACCUCCUGCGCAAGGACAACAACAACGCGCCCAUCGACGACGCCGCAUUCGAGCGCAUAAAGCAGGUUGAAAUGGACCGCGCGGCCGGGCGCCCCAGCGACGCGACCGUCCUGGGCUGGGGCCCGCGCGAGCGCGAGCUCCUCGCCGUCAUCGGGCAGGCCGUGAAGCGCAAGGCCGAAAAGCACGCCGACAUGGGCGACCUCGCGGCCAUGCAGAACCGGCCCAUGAUCUUGAUUGGUGGGUGAAUGUCUUCCCUUUUGUUCUCACGGCUGGAUGGGCUCACGAUACCACGGCGGGUGUGGUGGCGUUGCACAGCCGGCGUUG